UCGCGUUGGCGGGCAGCCCAAACGGAUUGUUGAUAUUUCAACUGCCUUAAUUUUAUUAAUAUAAAAUAAAAAAUAUAAGAUAAAAGAUACAACUUUUUCAACUUCAAGACUUCUCUCAUAUAUACAAAACGAAAAUAGAUUCUUAUAACUCGCAAGCUGUGUGUCAUGGAUUAUAGCCAAGAGCGUGUAGUAUAAGCCACCUCUCAUGCGUUUGAUUGUGUGUUGUAUAUUUAUAUGAUUUUUAUUUUAUAACAAGAAGAACGAGUCUUUAGCUUAAAAAAGUAAAACAAAAAAAACGUUAAAAAAUCAGCUCUGAGACUCUGAUGUCAGCCAAUGUUCAGUCUUGAUUUGUAUCGCGGUGAAUUUGGUUCACAAUAAGUUUUAUUUAUUUUAUUUUCAUUCCAAAGUUGGAGUUAGUUCUAUGUACACACACAAUUUCAUAUCUGACCUGGCUGUAACAUAUGUUAAUAUUUUCGUGUAAAAUUAAGUGAAAAAAUUACAAGAAAUUGUUUAAAAAGUUAAAAGGUGUCAAAAAAUCUGUCGAAAAUUUGUAUUUUAUUCUUGGGGGCCCAUAAUUUAAAAAUAAAAAAAAAUAAAAAAAAAACGGUUCAAUCAAAAAGUGAAAAGUGAUGCCUUAAAUGAAUGUGCAACUGGUUAUAAGUUUUCAAGUGCCUUAUUAGAAAAAGGCAAGAAAGAAAGAAAGAGUUCAAAAACUCAAGUCAAGGAUACCUACCUAGUUAUACCGCCUACAUACUGUCUACCAACAGUUCGUUUUGUUUUUUUUUUGAGUGUUUGCUAAUUUCUCUGAAUUCACUCUCCUUCAGUGGAUUUACUAACCAAUACCGGAAAGUUUUAAGGCUGCAUCAUAUGUCAUCUUUUUCCACCUACGUAUUUUAACCGCAUUUCUUACAACUUGGACAGACAUUCGAAAAAAAAUCAUAAAAAAGUGCGUCUGCUUCAAGUUAUAAAAGUUAUCUCAAGAUUCUUCAUUUUCUUCGCAGUCUUCGAUCAAAAUAAAGAAGCUUAAGUUAUGUACCAUCUUGCGAAGAGAUUAUUGUUAUUUUUAAAAAACACUCAACUUGCAAAAUAAAAGAAGUCAACAAAAAUAGAAGACACACUCAAUUUGAAACUAAGGAACAAAAAAGAAAAACUCAAGAAAACUCAAACUUAAAAUAGAGACAAACAGAAAAACAACAACAACAGAAUAAUGGAAGUUGCAAUACCAGGGAGUAAUAAUAAUGGUACACCAUUUCAACGAGAAGUAAGAGAAUGGCAACGUCUCGAUCCAAAUACGGGAGCCCUUCUAACUGGUCGUUUGGAAGCUGAUCGAUGGAUAAAUGGAUCACUUAAUAGUUAUGGCAAGGUGGUCGACUCACAGAAUGUCUCACAGCCCAAUGGCACCCAACACAGUCAACGCAAACAGUUAGAAGUUAUACAAGCUCGUACAUCCUCUGGCUCGAUGCAAGUUAUAAGAGCUCACACUGUCCAAACAACAUCCUCCCGCUGGACAGCAACGUCUUCAUCAUCAGCUUCAUCAUCGAAUUCCUCAAGUCCUGCUUUAAUGGCUUCUUCAAUAAGUCACACUAAUUCAGCAACUACCGGUGGUGGAUAUUUCCCAUCAUCGAGGUUUCAUGGUAGCCUUGGUUUGAAGAAUGAAACUACUUCAACAGCAGCUGAUGGCAAUAGUAACAUCAAUGGACACAUGGGAGAUGAAGAAAAUUUACAUUUGAAUCUUCAAGCUAAAUUACAAAAACAACAUCAGCAUUUAUUAAGUACGGCUCCAAGUUUGAAAUUGAGUAAUUUAAUGAAAAGCACACCCAGCAUAACAAAUGGUAUCAGCAGCAGCAGCAGCCUAAAUAAUAGCGGUAGUCAAAACAAAGCCAUCCUACACAGAUCUAACAACAACAGCAACACGGUUAAUUCUCCAUCAGUAACAGCAACAGCAGCAGGAACGUUUAAUCGACCACAGCGCCAUCAGCAUUCAUUUCUUACAUCCUCAUCAAGACAACAACAAAAUAACGAUUUGACAGCGACGUCGUCGUUGUCGACAACGGCGACAGCAGCAGCACUCCUGCAACAGGCAUCAUCAACAUCAUCGAUGUCAUCGACUUCUACUAUUGCCCCAACCGUAUCUAGCCGCCAAAUUACGACUACCAGUUCGGGAACAUUUUGUUACGACAGCAGUCGAUAUGAUCUGCCCACAAUAAUGACAGAUACUUAUGUAGGUGGCAGCAGUGUCGGUAGUGGAAAAAUCAUAGAUAUCUGUAGUCGGGAUUUAGAUGAUGAUAAUGAUGUUGAUCAUCAUCAUCAUGAUCAUGUUGGUGGCGUUGUUUGUGACGACAAUAACGAUGAUCGACUUCACUCAUCAUCAACGACGUUGUCGUCAAAUCGUCACAGCCAACGAGAAACUACUUGGCAACCAUCAUCAUCGGUGACACUUCAGCGAGGGCGUUCUAUUUCAACAGACGACCUGUCAACAAAGAAUUUAAAUUCAGAUGGCGUUGGUGGCAGCAAUGGUAUUGGUGGUAGUGGUAAUGGUGUUGAUGGUGAUGAGGAUUAUGAUGAACCCGCCGAAUGGCGACGAGUUUCAAAAAUACGACGUUCAUUUCAGUUUCCAUCGACAACAGCUGCAGAAACGUCUCGAUUGCGUCCCGCUGAUUUGCCCGCCAGUUCAGUGAGUGUAUCGAAAAUUCGUGAAGAAUUAGAAAAUGGUCGUCGCUUGAGUACCGCCAUGCGAAAUAACCACCUAGAUUUGGUAGCUUUGGAUAAUAUUUUGAAUGGGAAAAGUGGAUCGGUGUCCCCGCUGACAGCUCGGAAGAAAACCGCUUCAUUUUUGACAGCUGAGUCAUUGAAAGAAAUCCGCGGAAAGCUAAAGAAACUCAGUGAUGAAUCAUUGUAUAAAGAUGAUUUUGUGACAAAACUCGAGGCUGAACGUGAAGACUCUCCGCAGAAAGUUGUGGCAGUGACAAACAACACAGAUACUGCAUUUCAGUAUAAGCCCCGAUCGAAUGGACCCGUUCACACUACGAAUAGCCUGGAAUCGCGAAGCGUUAAGUAUAAGGAUACCUCGUCGGCUGAAUGGCAUCUUCGACGAAAAUCAUAUGGUUUCGAAAAGAUGUCCCCACCAGAUGACAAGAGCAUGUUUAGAUUCGAAAAUUCUACCGAUAGCGGUUUGGGACGAUCUAGCGAUCUGGGCAAUUGGUCUCCAACAACAGAUUCAGCUAAUACUUCAGCUAGAGCUACUGUCAUUACAUUUGGAGAGCAGGCAAAGCUUUCAAGUUCCGAGAGCAAACCUCGUCCAAUGGUCCAACGACGUCUGCGUAAUCGAACACAACCUCAGUCCGAGGCAGAAUCAGCAGAAAUGAAACGACACUCGAUUGCUGUCGACGAAAGUCAAUAUGUCCGUGAGAAUCUGCGAAAAACUUCUGCCGUCCAUUUGAAUGGAUUUUAUUCGAAAGAUUCUUCUCCGCUAAAUUCCGGAUUCAGUGAUGACAAUUCUCGACGUCAGAAACGAGUUGAAUUCUGCAAGACAGAAGUUCACUUCGCCGCCGAAUCGGGAAGAGUAAAUAUUGUCGAAACCGAUGGCAAGCCACCACCAUCGAAUAAUUUCCGUCGAAGACGACGAAGCAGCAGUAGUAGCAACAGCAGCACCAGCAGCAGCUCCACCACAACCAGCAGCAGCUCCUCAAUGGAUUCGAGUCAUAAAAAUGGUCUUCCAGUAAUUCAUUUUGGUGACGAACGAAAAGUAUCAUACGGCGGAGAUAGUGGACACUUAGACAUCGAUGAAGAAGUUAUUGAUGACAAGAAAAAGAACGUCACAGUUUCGAUUCCAAUAAGCUUAGAUAGAAGUUUUGAUUCUGAGAGCCGAGAUGGUGACGAACAUCAAGACGAAAUUUCAAUAAGAGGAAUUUUAAAGAAUAAGCCACCUAAACCGAAGCCAUACCAUUUGGGGGAGAAUAUCGAGAGUUCGGAUGCUCUGUGGGGUGUUCAAUUGAAACCGGUAGCUGGCAGCAGGGGUUUCAGUGGAGAACGAGAUCAAACUGAAGAAGACUUUAAAGAAGCUACAGUUUCAUCAAAAUCGGUUGCCGAACGAGUUCGAAUUGUUGAAGAACGUAAAGAAGGAACUGGAUAUUCAACUAAAAUCAAUUUAAAUCUCUCAAACUCGCCUUACGAAUGGACUGAUACAUCAGGUACUUUAAAGACUUAUUACGAUGAACAACUUCAAAAAGAUUUCUAUGGAACAUCUGGAGUAUCGACACUUCUUCUAAACAAACAUUCACCACAACUCACAGAGGAAAGCCUAAAAUCUACCCCACUUAUAAUCAAGACUUUACGUUCGGCCAAUCAAUUCGAUGAGGCCAUGAGAAGGCUGAGUAUAUCUUCGAAUACAUCAAGUGGACAUGAAACUGCCAUGGCUUCAAUUACUACGAAGCAUGUUUCCAGUCUCAGUCAUAUAACCAAGGCAGGCAAUGCGUCGUCUUUGAAUGGAGGACUAGGAGGAGUAGGAGGAGACUUUAAGACUAAUAAUAAUAAUUCUACGGAAAUCAACAGCUAUAGCUAUCAUCAUCUUCAUCAUCUGUCGGAUAAACUUGAAAGUAGUUCUUCGACGACUUCGACUACGACAACAAUGACGUCGAAGCCUAUUGCAGCACCAAGACUUAAAGUUGUCGGUUCAAAUACGAAUUCUGUCAGCCACCAGUUGUCACAAUUAAGACGAAUGUACGAUUAUGCUGGACUAGACAGCGAUGAUAGUGCUCGAGCUGAUGAAGAAGUCAAGGGUUAUUUUGUUGGUGACUUAGACGAAGACGAUGAGGAUGAUGAUGUUGUCCGUGGUCGUAAUGAUGAUAAUGAUGAUGAUGAUGGAGGCUUUGAAGCUACUGAACUUUCAGGCAGCUGGAGUCGUGUUAAAGCCAAACGAAACGAGUUGAAAAUUCAAACUGCUACAAAAAUUCAUCAAGAAGUUCCCCAAUCGAAUAUAAUGAGUAUUGAAUUGCACUCACCUUUGACACCGACAAUUAAAAAGCCAGAAUUAAUUUGUAUGCAGGCACCCGUUGCCAAACCACGAUCUUCCACAGCAGCAGUGAAACAAAGUACAUCGAUAAAUAAACAAAUCGAUAUUCAACAAAAUCACCAUCAUCAUUCCCAACAUCAUCAAACUUCAACAAAAUCAUCGUCAUCAUCAGUGAAUCAAAUUGUUGCACCACAAAUAAUUCAAACGUCGUCAGAUGCAAAUGAAAAUUUGAAAAUUGUCAAAGAAGCUCGUGGUGCUCGAAAACUACGUGAACAUGAAUUAUCUUACUUUGGAAUUAAAAUGGGAUCAAGUGACACCACCACCAACAUUAACGAUACAAGAUCAAUAACAAAGCCAAAACUUACCAAUACAAUAUCGAAAAGAUCUCUGCCAAGUCGAAAGCUAUCAUCAUCGUCUAAGACAGAGGAGAGAUCAUCAUUGACAUCGAAUAAAUGGAGCAUGCCAAGUGAUAAGCCAGAUUUACUUCGGCAUAGUCCAAUUUUAGUGGAACCACAAGUUAUAACUAAGACAGCUAUUGUGGCGCCAUCUAUUGGAAAGCAACAGCAACAACAAAAACAACGACAGCGCAGUAAAAGCCCUGUAUAUAGUUCUGACGAUCAGACAGAUGGGAUUUAUGAGAAUAUAAAGCAGCCAUAUUGCAGACAAAAAGAUCUGGAACGCGACGAGAUGAUCCUCGAUGAGAUGACCAAGACUGCUGAUCAAACAAUGAAGGCCGUUUCUGAUGAAGCUGCCCAAAAAGAUCUGCGACGUCGUUCCAUCUCUCGAAGAUCAUCGAAACCCCUCGAAACGAUAGAUGAGAAGUUCUCGAAAUCAAUUAGCAAAACAGCUACUCGUGCGAAAACCACAACCGCACACCGACUUGUCCGAGAAUCUUCAAACCGACCCUCGUCCGCAUCGUCCGGGGAUAGCUUGCCAACCACACCAAUCGCACAAAGAUCACGCUCCAAAUCACGCGAAAGCGUCGAAUAUGCCAAUGUUAAGUCGAAGUCAAUUAUUCGCCCCAUUAAACACCGAUCGAGCAGUGGUGAAUCACGUAGAUCAGUCACAAGCUCAACCGAAGACAUAACACCGAGGAUCACUAAAUCGGUAAAACGAUCCUCAACGAAAGACGAACCACUGGCGUUGGUGAGACAUCAUCGUCAUAGCCAACCAUCACAGCAGCGGUCGUUACGAAGCAGCACCGAAAGCCACGAUCGGCACAAGGUCACCCCACGAUCAUCGACCAGAGAUCGUGUCGAGAGUCAUGACCCACACAGUCGUUCACAUCGAAGCUCACAUCAUGCAGCAACGAAAUCCGAUGUGGAACACAAGCGAAGCUCUCACUCCUCCACAGUGGAAUCAAAGAGUAGCACGAAAGCAUCGAGUCGCACCCGAGCAACAUCCGAGAACGAAAAACCAAGCAAAUCUUCAACGGAACGCGUGUCAAGAUCAAAAGGUCAUUCUAGCCAAUCGGAGAGCAGGCCCCAUCGUUCCUUGGGCAGCAAAUCGGCAACAAUGUCAUCGUCGGGCGGCAACAAUUCCGACACUUUGAUUCAGAAUAAAGGCAUCCAGAGAUCAACUCAUUCAUCUUCAUUAAAGACAGCAGCAACAACAAAACGUUCCAGUAAGGAUCGAAAGUGAUAGAAAAUUAUAUGUUAUCGAAAUUCGUCUUCAAUCCAGAAACAGAUUUGAAACAUAAGAAUGACAAAAAUGAAUUUAUUUAUACUUUAAAAAAAUGAAAAACUUAACGAUUUCUUUGACAAAUAGAAAAUAUUUAAGAAAUCAGAAAUUUCGACAGAAGAAACGAUUUUAUCUACUAACUAAAUUAAUAACUAAUCAAAAAGGAAUAUUUUAUCCAAUUUGACAAUAAAAACAACAUCAAUUUAAUCAAUAAUGUGAUUGAGAUAAAAUUAAAAACAAAAAAAAACUAUUAUAUUUUGUGAACAAAAUUUUAUAUAGUUUAUAAGUUCCUUGCUUCUUUUUUUAAGUUUUAAUUAUUAUUAUUUUUCUUUUUGUGUUAGGAAAUAACAAAUAUUUUUGUUUGAAUUAUGAAUAAAAUAG